GACCGUGCCGGCUCAGCUUGUAAUGCCUGCCCAUUAAGCAUGUAUUAAUACCUAGUAUCAGUGCCUUGUUCCGUCAAACCUCUUUUUUGGGAGUAUGUAAAUGUGUUUUACAGAUUUAUGGCAGUGCGGAGAAAGCUUCGAGCACCGAUGUGGAAUUCAUAAGUAAAUGGAUCCCACAUGACAUGACAUAAUGUUCGGCCAGUUCUUCAAAGAGAGGAGAUUCCGGGACAUGGCCGCCGACGACAAGCCCUUGCCAUCAGACUGGAGCGUAGAUCCACCCAUCACCUCGCCCGGCAGCCCCUCCCAGCUGACCCACUUCAAGCCGCUCACCCCGGAGCAGGAUGAGCCUCCACUACGCUCGGCGUACAGCUCCUUCGUCAAUCUGUUUCGCUUCAAUAACAAAGAGGAGGUUCGUCCUCCAAUCGCUACUGCAGGCAAGCCGGAUGAGCCAUCCCCUUCCCCACAGUCGGAAAGGAGAAGCUGGUCCAGCUCUUCCUCCUCCACAUAUGGCUCAAGGGCACACCGGAAGUCGCAUCCUGAGAACCUGCGACGAACUUCCACUGCCUCAGAUAGCAGCAGGAAGUCUGAUACGCCACUAAGCAAUCAUGACCCCCGCACGGCUGUGCAGCUUCGGACGGCGCUGAAGCGACUCAAGGAAAUUAUGGAUGGAAAAAGCCAGGACAGCGACCUGAAGCAGUACUGGAUGCCUGACAGCCAGUGUAAGGAGUGCUACGACUGUAACGAAAAGUUCACCACCUUCCGUCGGCGUCACCACUGCAGGUUAUGUGGUCAGAUUUUCUGCAGCCGCUGUUGCAACCAAGAGAUUCCUGGCAAGUUCAUGGGCUACACAGGAGAUCUACGAGCCUGUACGUACUGUCGUAAAAUAGCGCUAAACUACGCGUACUCGGCUGAGACGGGCUCCAUCGGUGAGGAUCUGAACGUCUUGUCUGACUCUUCGUGCUCUGUGUGUGUGUUGGAACCCAUCGAACCACGGACACCUGUCGGGGUGCGAAAGGCUAGCAGGAACAUCUUCCUUGAAGAAGACUUGACCUGGCAGAGAAAAACUCCCAUUGGGAUGAGAAAAACAAUGAUCCAUCAGGAACCUCAGAAAAGUGGCCUACCUUCCAGACUGACGACACUGCAAGAAGAUGUGUGUAAAACCCCCACUAGGAAGAGGUCCGCCAGCGUCACCAACCUGUCUCUGGACCGCUCCGGAUCCUCCAUGGUUCCUUCCUACGACAGCUCCAUCAGCCCACCCACCACACGGGCCUUGUCGGGUGCAAAGAGCAUCACCAAGCUGGACCACAGCGAGGAGGAGAGGAAGAACAUCCUGGACUCCUCCCAGCUUAAGGACCUGUGGAAGAAGAUCUGCCACAACAACACGGGGAUGGAGUUUCAGGACCACAGGUACUGGCUGAGGACUUAUCCCAACUGCAUUGUGGGGAAGGAGUUGGUCAACUGGCUACUGAGAAACGGCACCAUCUCCAACAGGGCCCAGGCGAUUGCCAUCGGGCAGGCACUAGUGGACGGUCGAUGGCUGGACUGCGUCACUCAUAACGACCAGCUCUUCAGGGACGAAUACGCCCUCUAUCGCCCCCUGCAGAGCACAGAGUUCUCCGAGACACCGUCUCCGGACAGCGACAGCGUCAACUCUGUGGAGGGACAUUCUGAGCCAUCUUGGUUCAAGGACAUCAAGUUUGACGACAGCGACACAGAGCAGCUGGCAGACGAGUCAGACUACAACAUACCUAGCUCCGCCAGCGCCAGUAAGAGGACAUCCGUCAGCAGCUCCCAGUCAGUGGUGGACAGUGACUCAGCAGCCUCCAUCAGCCUCAACAUGGAACACAACAACGUCAACUUCCACAUCAAGAAGCAGUCCAAGUAUCCACACGUUCCUCCGUCUACUGAGCAGAAAGCUGAAUUUCUGAUGUCAGAAGAUGGAGGACAGAACAUUGUGAUCAGUGAUGCCUUCAUUAAAGAGUCUCUCUUCAACCGGCGUGUGGAAGAGAAAGCAAAAGAGAUGCUUUUUACGCCACUGGGUUGGCACCACAGCUCCCUGGACCAGCUCCGAGAGGAGAAUGGAGAGAAGAAGGCCAUGGAGAGGCUGCUCUCGGCCAAUCACAGCCACAUGAUGGCACUCCUGCAGCAGCUGCUCUAUAGCGAGUCCCUGUCACUGUCCUGGCGUGACAUCAUCGUCCCCGUCGUCCGCCAGGUGGUCCAGACGGUGCGGCCGGAUGUGCGUAACUGCGACGACGACAUGGAUAUCCGACAGCUGGUUCACAUUAAGAAGAUUCCCGGAGGGAGGAAGUUUGAUUCAACCGUGGUGAAUGGCUUCAUAUGCACCAAGAACAUCGCUCACAAGAAGAUGAAUUCCUAUAUCAAGAACCCCAAAAUCCUGCUAUUGAAAUGUUCCAUCGAGUAUCUAUACAGGGAGGAGACCAAGUUCACCUGCAUUGAUCCCAUUGUGUUACAGGAGCGAGAAUUUUUGAAGAACUAUGUCCAGCGGAUAGUGGACGUCCGGCCAAACCUGGUCCUGGUGGAGAAGACGGUGUCUCGUAUUGCUCAGGACAUGCUAUUGGAGCACGGCAUCACUCUGGUGAUCAACGUCAAACCGCAAGUCUUGGACCGAGUGAGUCGAGUGACCCAAGGUGACCUGGUAAUGUCAAUGGAUCAACUCCUCACCAAGCCUCGUCUGGGUACCUGUCACAAGUUCUACAUGCAGCCUUUCACCCUGGCCAACAAUGACGUCAAGAUGCUGAUGUUCUUUGAGGGUUGCGCCACCCACCUGGGCUGCUCCAUCAAGCUGCGUGGCGCCUCCGAAUAUGAGCUGGCCCGAGUGAAGGAGAUCAUCAUGAUGAUGGUGUGCGUAGCCUACCACUCCCAGCUGGAGAUCUCCUUCCUCAUGGACGAGUUUGCCAUGCCGCCCAGUUUGUCCCAGAACACCUCCUUCCCUUGCCUGCUGGAGGGCGCCUCCGCCGAAGGGCAGGUGGACAGCGAGCAGAAGGAUGAUGAGAAUCUGGACACAACUGUCGAACCUUAUCCUGAUGGUUCUGCACCACCUGGCCACCUUGAUGAGGACACAUUUCCUCCUUGGGUGGAAAGCAGCCAGGACCAUCCACAUUCAUCAGCUUCAUCCGUCCACAGUGAGGAAGCUGGAAUCAAAGAGACCAGGACCUCAUCGCCGUUUUCUAGCCCUCCUGCUCCUCCUCUGUCAGUAUCCCCACCAUUCCUCAUGGAAGACAACCAAGUGAUGUCUCCAAACACAUUCGGCAAGGAAACAGAGGAGCAAGACAAUGAAGAGCCGGAAAGCACGGAAGAUAAGGGAUCAGAAACACCGCGGUUGUUCCGAGACCCCCUCCAGGACGACACAGGCGUGUUUGUCGCCGAGCAGGUGGCGUCAACGGAUGACCAACUGAAGUCCAUCUCAGCUGUCUUCAAGCAGGAGCUCAAGGACAUCAUUUUGUCUAUCUCGCCUUUCAUCACAUUCCGAGAACCGUUCCUCCUCACACCUGCUGGAAUGCACUGCCCCAGCAGGGACUACUUCCCCGAACAGGUCUACCUGUCCCCCCUCCUCAACAAGGACUUCAAAGAACUAGACGUGCGCAGAAAGCGGCAGCUCCUCAAGGACUCUGCGUCCUCCUCGCUAGUCAGCAGCAGUCAGACCAAUGGCAUCGCUCCGCCCAAGCCGGUCGAUGUCCUCCCCUGCCACAGCCUUACAAGCACCCGCAUCGUGGAGCAACUGAGCAGCAGCCAGGAACUAGCCAAGAUGCUGGCAGAGUACAGGGCCAAGGGAGGUCGCAUUCGGCAGAGGGAGGCAAGUGACCCCUUCAACAGCGUGGUCAACGGCCAGAGUAGGACAGAGGAGACGUCACCACCGCCGUCGUCAGUUAAAAUGCUCGUCAAAGGCGAUGGUGACGAAGACAAACCAAGCAAACAGAGUGAAAUGGGAUUGGCUCCAAAGAUGGACUGUCUGACACCUGUCAAUCAUCAGCGUCUAUGCGUGCUCUUCAGCAGCUCGUCUGCUCAGUCCAGCAAUGCUCCAAACCCCUGCGUCAGCCCGUGGAUAGUCACCAUGGAGUUUUACGGCAAGAAUGAUCUCUCGCUUGGCGUCUUCUUGGAGAGAUAUUGUUUCAGGCCAUCUUACCAGUGUCCCAGUAUGUUCUGCGAGACUCCCAUGGUGCAUCACAUCCGCCGCUUCGUGCAUGGCAACGGCUGCGUGCAGAUCGUGCUGAAGGAGCUGGACUCGCCCGUUCCUGGUUAUCAGCACACCAUCCUCAACUACUCCUGGUGCCGCAUCUGCAAACAGGUGACCCCGGUGGUGCCCCUGUCCAACGACUCGUGGUCUAUGUCGUUCGCCAAAUACCUGGAGCUGCACUUCUAUGGCCACCAGUACACCAGGCGGGCUAACGCCGAGCCCUGUGGACACUCCAUCCACAAAGACUACCACCAGUACUUCUCCUACAACCAGAUGGUGGCCUCCUUCAGUUACACCUCUGUGAGGCUGUUGGAGAUUUGUCUUCCUCGGCCCAAGAUCUUCAUCAGAAACCGGGGGCCCUCCAAAGCUAUCGUGCAGCAGGACCUGAAGGACUUCUCACAAAAAGUAUCACAGGUUUACCUGGCUAUCGAUGACCGCUUAACCUCCCUGAAGACCGACACCUUCAGUAAGACCCGAGAAGAGAAAAUGGAGGACCUUUUCGCUCAGAAAGAUAUGGAGGAGGUCGAGCUGCGCAGUUGGAUCGAGAAGCUCCAGGUGCGACUCCAGGCCUGCGGUCUGGAUUCCCCGCAGCAACUCCAAGCUGUGCUCGAGUCCCUUGUGUUGAAGAAGCAGAGUCUCUGUGAGAUGCUGCAGUCCUGGAACAGCAGACUACAAGACUUGUUCCAGCAGGAGAAAGGCCGCAAGCGUCUGUCUGUACCCCCGAGCCCGGGACGCCACCGGCAGGCUGCCGCAGAUGACAGCAAGAGCACGCUGGACUCCUCCCCCCGUAACCCGUCACCUGUGGUGCAGAAUGGGGACAAAGCAACAGAGGACCGUCACCUCAGCACUUUACCCUCAACAUCCUCCUCCUCCACUGUGCUGCUGUCGCCGCCCACAGAACCUGGAGUUGAGCCCACCACCCCCUCCUUCACUGAGCCUGACUCGGUCAGCAUCCCAGAAGACGUGUUUGAUGGACACUUGCUGGGCUCCACCGACAGUCAGGUGAAGGAGAAGUCCACCAUGAAGGCCAUCCUGGCUAACUUUCUGCCUGGCAACAGCUACAACCCCAUCCCCUUCCCUUUUGAUCCGGACAAGCACUACCUGAUGUACGAACACGAGCGGGUUCCCAUCGCCGUGUGUGAGAAGGAACCCAGCUCCAUUAUCGCAUUUGCUCUCAGCUGUAAGGAGUAUAAAACGGCACUGGAUGAUUUGUCUAAGGCGUCCAACGUGGGAGGCGAUGAGGCACCCCAGGCUAACGGCGGAGAGAACCGAGCGAAGGGCAGCCCCGCCAGGCUAGGCGACUCGUCCCAGCAGAGCCGUACCAGCAUGGAAGCCGACCUACCGAAGGAGACCGACUCGGCCGACAAACAGAAGAAGCAGUCACAGAAUCCGCAUAUCGAGCUGCAAUUCUCAGAUGCCAACGCCAAGUUCUACUGCCGCAUCUAUUACGCCGAUGAGUUCCACAGGAUGCGUGAGGAGAUCCUGGAGAGCGCCGAGGAGGAUUUUGUCCGCUCGCUUUCUCACUGCGUCAACUGGCAGGCACGGGGCGGGAAAUCUGGAGCAGUCUUCUACGCCACAGAAGAUGAUCGCUUCAUCCUGAAGCAGAUGCCCAGACUGGAGGUCCAGUCCUUCCUGGACUUUGCUCCUCACUACUUCACGUACAUCACAGGAGCUGUGCAGCAAAAAAGGCCGACCGCACUGGCUAAGAUCCUGGGUGUUUACCGCAUCGGCUAUAAGAAUUCUCAGAACAACACAGAGAAGAAGCUGGACCUGCUGGUGAUGGAAAAUCUAUUUUACGGACGCAAGAUGGCGCAGGUGUUUGACCUCAAGGGUUCGCUACGGAACCGCAAUGUCAAAACGGACUCUGGCAAGGAGAGCUGCGAGGUGGUCCUGCUGGACGAGAACCUCCUCAAGCUAAUCUACGACAACCCGCUCUACAUCCGCUCGCACUGCAAGUCGGUGCUACGGGCCGCCAUCCACAGCGACGCCUACUUCCUGUCCAGCCACCUCAUCAUCGACUAUUCGCUGCUGGUGGGCCGCGAUGAUGCCACCAAUCAGCUGGUAGUGGGCAUCAUCGAUUAUAUCAGGACGUUCACCUGGGAUAAAAGGCUGGAGAUGGUCGUCAAAUCCACAGGAAUUCUGGGAGGUCAAGGGAAGAUGCCCACCGUGGUGUCCCCAGAACUGUACCGCGCUCGCUUCUGCGAAGCCAUGGAUAAAUACUUCCUCAUGGUGCCGGACCAUUGGACGGGACUGGGCAUUAACUGCUGAGAGGGACAUGCCCGAUAGGGUCCAAUAUGCACGUCUUUUUUCUUUUUGUAUACAUUCCAUUAUGUAGAGAGGCGGCAUUCCAACCUUUAAAGUGUUUAUUUUUAUCCUUGAGGGUUUCGAGUCUAGUGGUAGGUCCUUCUUGCUGUUUUAUCGGUGCCACGUGUUCAUGAUGCUCUCAUAUACUGUAAUUUAAACUUUGAAUAUGUACAUAGAUGAUGUAACUAUUAAAAGAUUAACACCGAUUCUUAAAUCAUUGUGGCAAUUUAAGAGAACUAUUAAUAAAUAUACAUGUUAUAUACUGUAUAUCAUAUUUUUAUUAGUUUUUAACUAUUUAAAAAUUAAGUAUUUGACAUACACACUUGUAAACCAAAGUUGAACCAGAAAAUAAAAGUACAUUUUAAUUUUCUUUUCAUGGAUCAACAUACUGGACCGCACGGUAGUCCAGUGGAAGACCUGGGUUAGAUUCUUCACUUGGGCAUCUCUGUGUGGAGUUUGCAUGUUUUUCCUGCGCAUGCGUGGGUUUUCUCCGGGUACUCCGUUUUCCUCCCAAAUUCUAAAAACAUGCUAGUUUAAUUGGAGACUCCAAAUUGUCCAUAGGUAUGAAUGUGAGUGUGAAUGGUUGUUUGUCUAUAUGUGCCCUGUGAUUGGCUGGCAACCAGUCCAGAGUGUACCCCGCCUCUCGCCAAAAACACCCUGCAAGCCUAAUGAUGAUAAACGGUAUAGAAAAUGGAUUAACCUACUUAAAAAUAAUUACAAAAAUGUACUACUAAUAAAACUUCAUUAUAAAAAUUUAAUAUUUGAAAAAUAGAUUAAAAAACAUUUUAAGUAAAAACAUUUUUUUUAAAAGUAAAAACGAAUAUAAAAUUAAAGUACCAAAGUUUACUCCUUCAUUUUGAAUUGUACAUCUAUAUUAAUAUCAAAUCUUGACUAUAUAUAGUUGUUAUAUUUGAUAUAACAUGUUAAAAAAUACACCUUUUUUUCAAAGUAACAUUGUCUGUGAGUAUAUACUAUAUGUAUAUAUACACUGAUUACUUACAAUUAAUAAUACUGUAAAAUAUAACAAAUCCUUCUCAUCCAUAAAAUACCUUACCUCAAACACGUUUUUAUCCCUUGGGAAAUUUACUUUUACAUGAUAUUUAAAAGUAUUUACAUGUGGAAUUAAAAUCACUAUCAUAUCAUCACAAAUCACAAUUAAAGUAUUUACAUGUGGAAUUAAAAUCACUAUCAUAUCAUCACAAAUCACAAAAAGCCUCUUCAUCAAUGAAGACCUUACUUCUAAGAGAGACCUCUUCUCUUUCCCCCUUGGGGAUUUUUUUUUUUAAACCAAACAAUAAAAUUGAUUUUAUGAUGACUUGCCACCAUUCUAUUUGGACUCUCUUCAUUUUGUAUUUUGCAUGUAUUUAUUUAAAUAGCAAACAAACGGGGGGGGGGGGGAUUUGUAUUUAAAUAGUGAAGGGAAACACAAUAACAAAAGGCCAAACUGCACACAUUUAAUGUUCUAAUUGUACAAUAUAUAUAUAAAAACAAAAAGUGUAGCUGACGAACAGCCGUCAGCGAGUCGUACUGCAUCAGGAACUGCUGUGAAAAACAUGUUUUUUUUGUUGUUUUUUAAAACGACGUGCUGAGGAAACAUCUGAUCGUCUCUUAAGUUAAUUUAAGGUCAUAUGUUGAGUCUGUAAUGAAAACUCAUAUGAAGCAUCAAUAUAUAAAAGAGCAGUACCAAAUACAACCUUUAAGUUCACCAACAGCAAAUCAGAGCAUAGUUGGCAAAAAUAAACAGACAUAAAAAUUCUCUCUUCAUUCAAAGUGAAAUGUCCGUAAAUUACCGUAUAACUUACCAACACCAUCAUUUCCUUAUGCCCUUUAGUUAAAAAUUCACUAAAAUGCCCUCUAGUGGUUUGGGUCAAUAGCAAACAUGGCCCUCAAUGUAUUUCAUAUUUCUCAGUUAUGAUACUUCAAAAUUCAAAUGACAAAAAAAGAACAUUUGGUUUAGUCUAGUACCUGUUUGGUUUUCAAUUCAACACCAUUGGGAAUGUUUGCCUUCCAGCUCCAGUGGAGUGACAAUACAAAAAGACACAUUUAGAUGCUCCAAAUAACAGUGAGUACACAUCUAUUUAACGUAUACAAAACAUUAUUAGGCCCGCAGUAUUUAUUUAUGCUGGUUAUUAUUGUGAA